AUGUUGUCAGGCAUCUUACUGCUGGUCAUCCAGUAUUUAGUGUAUCUACCUUUACCUGUGAAGAACGAUCUAUCAGUCCGAGCCGGAAGAAUCAAAACGAAACCAAGUGUUCGCUAUUACAGUGUAGAAUGGGAUUACACUACUCUUCUGUGUUACUGGGUGGAUCAGUGCCAAGAGACGGAACAAGCAUAUCUCACAAAUGGGAGCGGUCAGAAAAAUAGUGAAGUGCUGUGUGAUGAUGGAGGCAAGGUCUACAUUGUGGCAGCUGUUGUCGUGUUGACCUUUGUGUUGUGCUGGCUGCCCUUCCACACUGGCCGAAUCUUGUUUGCCUGGGCUGGAGGAGGAGGAGAGGAAAAAGAAGAAGCGGAUGAAGAGGAAGGAGAAAGAGAAGCCAAGUAUUAUCACCAAGUUUUAUCGCAGUACUUUAACCUCAUCACCAUGGUUUUGUUCUACCUGAGUGCCUCCAUCAACCCCGUUCUGUACAACAUUAUGUCUCAAAAGUACAGGGCCGCCAUGAGUAAAAUCUUCAGUCGAGGAGAAGAUCAGCAAUGCAGGAACUUGCCAAGGAGUGAGCAGUCCUCUCUGGAAGGCACAGAGAUGACUUAUUUCAUGUAAUAUAAACAAUCUGAAAUAACAAGACCUUGUCAGACCCUUCUAUCUAUUAAAAGACAAGGUCUCAGCACUCACCAAGUUCUGCUAGAAAUGCUUAUUAUAGUUUCACAUAUAAGGGUAUAUAGGACGCAGAUCGGCAAAUACCUUGCCUUCCUCAACUGAGAGUUUUUUUUAUAAAGCAAAAUUGACAUCUUAUAUUAGUGUGCAGUCUUCAGGGGCCCAUAUUUACGGGCCCCUAUGUAUGUCUUUUGGUCAGACUUUACCUUGGGAUUAGCCCUUAUAAAUUGCAAUGCUUAAAGGAGUACUCUGCUGCUCAGCGUAUUGAACAAACUGUUUCCGAACGCUGGAGACGAUCCCGGGAGCUCAUGGCGUCAUAGCCCCGCCCCUCAAUGCAAGUCUAUGAGAAGGGGCGUGACGGCUGUCUCCCAAAGACUUGCAUUGA